GCUAUGUAUCGUCUGAUCAACCCCAGAUUAUCCAACCUCUUUUAUAAUUUCCCUUUUUUCCAUCUUCGUAAUACAGAAGACGAAACCAUCGAUAUCCAACAAAACAUGCUUCCUUAAUUUCACUGCCAAUACCAUAGGUAACUCUAGACUUGGAACCUUCACUUCUAAAUAUUCAAUUCCCCCUUGCCCUUUCUUGGCUACAGCUAUUGGAGCUUGGAAAGCUCACAUUGCGUCAUCACGAUAAUUUGAACCGCGAGAACCAGAUCCCCGGAAUUCCUUGUUAUCAGAUCUGAGGCGUCCUAUAUUUGGUCCAAGUGGGCCUUAUUCGCAUACAACACAUAAUACCUAUCCACUCAUCCCUCACAGCCAUGUCGGCCCCGCGAACAAAGCGUCAAUUCGCAGGCGCAGCAAGUGAUCCCGCCCAACGACAGAUUACCUCGUUCUUCGCCUCGCAACAUCCCGAUACUUCCUCCGCUAAUUAUACUAACGCGCGGGCGCACAAUACCUCUGAUCCUGCUAGCCCCUCUCUUCCUGCGACGGUGCAAGCGAACCUCCUCUCGGUGGGCAUGCGAGUGCGCAAGUCGGUCCCCGAAGGCUACAAGACAGGAAGUUACAGUGCUUUUACGCUCUGGGACGAGAACAACAGCGUUUCUACGGCGACGAUGGGCGAGGGACGAUCGCGCGCUAAUGCCAUUUCGACACCGCGUGAGCUCCUUCCCUUCUGUGGGAUCAAUAAAGUCGGCGGUCUAGGAACACAACCGGAGAACACCCAAUCAUUUUCUCCUGCCGCAGCCUACCAGCCGUUACUCAGCCUCAACGGUGUACCUCUCGAGGAGAUGAUGGACGAGGAUGUUCCCGGCCUGACAAGCAGUCAGGACUCCAUCGAGAGUACCGGAUCAAGAAUCUCUUCUACGCGAACUCGCAAGCGUUCUUAUACCGAGGACGAAGACGAGGCGCCCCAGACCCCGGGUCGUCUCAAUAUCGAUUUCAACCCAUGUGUCUGGGGCGAUAGGUUUGAUGGCGAGAUCAGCCCACGGAGCGUGGUGCCCAUCGGCUGGGGUGCGAGUAACGGCCGCGUCAUGGCAACGCCACGGAAGACCAAGUUUCGGGGAAGCAAGCUAUCAGCGCACGCCCUAGGUCAAGACAACGUCAGGGUGGUAGGAAGUGCCGACGGCACCGACUUCGAAGAGGCGGAUUUCCUAGUUGGGACAUCCGACCUGGGAUACAGAGGUGGUUCACGAGGUUGGGAGGUCGAGAUGAGCGAUGUUUAAGUGUGAAUGAUACGAAUCGUCUUUACCGCGCAUUUGAUAACAAUAAGAUACCCAGAAGAAGAACAGAGCAAGGCACGAGAAGGAACGCAGGAAAUGAGAUGAUGAAGACGGUCAAGUUGGAGCUGUUGUAUUAUUUCGGAUUGUUAUUGGCGGGCCGGCGUUUUUAGCGAAGACUGCAUUGGUUAAUGGAUUACCUGGUAUUGAGGAAUUUUGCUCGCGUCAUACGCGAGUUGUGUUAUGCUGCGUCACAUUGCAUACAAUUAUGUAUCAUAUUGAGGACGAUACCUAGAGGAAAGGGGUGGAAUACACACGGGGAAACCAGUGCGUCAUAGUCGAAGGUGCAUUAGCCUAUCUCCAUAGGAGAGAAUAAGGUAGUUUGUAGCAUCACAUGAAGAAUUGUUACAACGUCGACAGACUCUAUACUCAUAACUAGUACAUAUG